AAACCAAUUAAUAUUUUUUAUUUUCUGUUUAAUAUUAUUCAUUGUUGCACAUAUCUUAAAGUAGUUGUAAUGGUUUUUUUUUUCCCGCGAAGUAACACUUACGAGAAUUAGACUCAGUUCCCCAUUAUUCUCCCUACUGACAUUAGGAGUUUCAUUCAACCGAACGAUCGGUUUGUCUACGCGAUCGGCGGCUGAAGCGCGAUGAUAUAGUGAACAGUCGAACUGGCAAAUGUACCUAUAUAUCGUCGUAUUUGAAUUAUUCGAGUACAAAAGGACGGAUGGAAAGUGUCACGCGCGAUAUUAUACAGCCGCGUGGACACUAUUCAGUUUACUUGAAUGGCGGGUAAUUGGGUUUACGAAUGAAGACGAAUGAAGACGAUUGUGUUUGAACAAGUCGUUGGAGAUGAAAGAAGAGUGCGACAAAACUCCGGUUGCCGAUAGACGUUCUGAAAUUUCGCUACAAGUUUCGAUAUAUUAUCACCGAACGGUCAAUAUUUUUCUGUAUUUGAUUUUUACACGCUUAUUAGGCUUUAUUAAUUUAUUAUACAGUUCACAGUUUAGAUAAUAUGUAGAAGUUCUAAAGCCUCCAUCUAUUCUUCAAGUAAUUUUCAAGUGUAAUAAAAUACAUUCUCGUACUGUAACAUAAAAAUUGAAGAGGUCAAGGGUUGAUGGUUAUCUUCUUCUCAGAGUUGAAUGCUUCCCGACAUAAGAAAUAAAUAAAUAAAUUUUUCAAUCGCAACUUCAUGCGUUAUUAUAUUCGAUGUUAUAAUAUAUGAUUUGAACUCAAUUAAAUCAACUGUGAUAAUGUAACGAUUAAUCAAUUCGUCCGUAUAAUAGCAAUGUGGCGUUCGGGCAGCCAGUUGAUCUUCGUGUCGUUAUAUUGUCGUUAUCGUCGUGAAUUAAAACUACACAGCACCUUCAACUUUAAUUGACAUUUCGUAAUCGACUCCGGUUUCGAGAACCCAGUCGCGCUAGUUUCUCAGCAAGUGACGAUAAUCAAUGCCAAAAGUCACGCUGCGCUAUCUAAUCGCUAACUCACCACGAGAUGUAAAACCCGAAAUUGCAGUUGCGUCCGUGUCACUCGGUUAGGCGCGUCGACUGAUUCGAACUCUCUCGCCAUGUCGCGGUUUCGUCUGCUUUUUUCGCAAGUCGUCAUCCUGUUUCUUUUGGCGAGGGCCUCGUCGGAGGUGAAGGAGCCGAUCUGCCAGGACAACGGAAACGUUACAACGUUACAACGUUUUGGUUACAACGUUUCUCACUGCAAGGGGGUCCUCGUCGAAGUGACACACAGCCGUUUCGAGGAUAAAAGACGGAUGUUGGACCUCAUGAACCUGGGCCUCUUGGCGAUUCGAGAGAACGCCUUCAAGAACCUGUCGACGACGACGUUGGUUCUGAGUAACAACCAGAUAUCUGUGCUGAAGAGGGAAUCUUUCCGCGGUUUGCCCAACUUGGAGAUGCUCUCCUUGUACCGCAAUGUGGUACCGUUAUCGGGGUACUUGUUCGCGGAUUUGGGACACCUGGAGUUGCUGUGGUUGGGGUCCAACGAGAUCAAUUCGAUACCGAAAGACUCGUUCGCCGGGCUGUCAAGCUUGAAAAGUCUCGACCUGCAUUACAACGAUAUCGAAGCGAUCGAGGCGGAAUCCUUCUCGAAUCUUAAUCCUGGACUGCUGGACCUUUGGCUCAACAGCAAUAAAAUCUCUCGCGUCGCGCCGGGUUCCUUCGCCGGGUUAACCGAACUGAGUCGCCUUCACAUGGACUACAAUCGGCUAGAGGAUUUGCCGAGCGGUGCCUUUAGAGGAUUGAACAAGCUGGAGAAUCUUUACUUAAGUGACAAUCGGAUAACAAGCGUCUCCAGGUCGCUCCUUCGCGACUUGGUCGGUCUGAAGGAACUCGAUCUUCAGCAGAACGAGAUCAGCGCUCUCGAGCCAGAUACGUUCAGAGAUCUAUCUCAGCUGAAACGACUGGACCUGAGGGAAAACAAACUGUCUCACAUUGUAGUCGGCACUUUUGCCGGACUCUCCAAUCUGGAAGACAUCAAGCUGUCCUUCAAUAACAUAAGUGCUGUGGAUAAUGGCGCUUUCGCUGAUCUCGUCAAACUGCGAUAUCUCGACUUCACUGGUAACGACUUCACUGAAAUCGACAAAGAAGUCAGCGGUCUCCCAAAUGUCAAAGUUUAUUAAUAAAGUCUUAAAAAAUCUGUUUAUAUCUCACAAAGGGACAAAACCUUGACCUCUUGAAUUUUGCAAAAUUUUUAGUACAUGUUACAGUACACUUCAUUCACUAAUACAAGGUACAGCAA